AUGACACUGUGGGAUGGCUCCUACCCCUUCUACCCUGGAGCCCCUGCCUGCUUCCCCUUUGACACCACCCGGGCUGUCAUUGUCACCACAUUCCUCUCCAUGCUGCUCACGUUCAUCAUCAUCCUGCCGGGGAUCCGGGGCAGGGGGCGACUCUUCUGGUUCCUGCGGCUGGUGUUGGGACUCUUCAUGGGAGCCGUGAUCCUCACUGUCCAGUUCACCAGGGACUGGGAGACUGGCUGGGUGCAGGCAAACACCUCCUACAAGUCCUUCAGCGCUGCCCAGGUGAACGCGGACAUCGGGCUGCACAUUGGCCUGGCAGGGGUGAACGUCACGCUCAGGGGAAACCCGGUGAAGCAAAUCAACGAGACCAUCAACUACAACGAGCACUUUCCCUGGAACUUUGGAGCGGAUUAUGAGCACAGCUACAGCGAGGGGCUGGAGAAGGGGCUGCCCAGCCCCAUCCUCUACGUGGCAGAGAAGUUCAGCAGGCAGAGCCCCUGUGCCGUGCACAGGCAGUACCGCACCGCCGGCCACUACGUGUCCCUCACCCUGUGGCUGGCCUUUUGCACGUGGCUCAUUUCCAUCAUGCUCUUCUCCAUGUCCAUCCUGCUCUAUGGUGGCCACAUGCUUCUGGUCACGGCCACUCUGAUCCUCCUCUCACUGCUCUUCUUCUCCACCGCAAGAAACACCCUCAAGUGCCCCAUCCAGUUCGGCCCAGCUUCCUUGAGGACGGACUAUGGUGAAUCCUUUUGGCUGACAUUAGCAGCGGGGCUGCUGUGCCUGCUCCUGGGGCUGGCCAUCGUCAUCCUCAACUCCCUGCAGCCAGAGAAGCUGAAGCUCAUCUUCAGCCUGGACAAGAGCAGGGAAGAGAAGGCGUGGGACAGGUCCUGCCUGGCAGCUGAGCCCAGCUGCUCCGUGCAGGAUGGGCUGAUGGUGCCCCUGGGUGAGCUCUGCCAUGUGAGCUCAGCCCCCCCGCUCUGA